AUGACUCUCCAGAACUCUUUCCGGCUUAUAACCUAUUCGCAAGAACUCGUAGGCGGAAAGCCUGUGUUUGCUUCUUCAAAUGGCCUUCCAGUCAAAGCUAAAAAAUAUGAACCCGCAGGACAUUCUUUCCAUGCUGUUGCUCUUAAACUCCUUGGACAUGAGGAGGAGGCUGUGGAUAGUAAAGAUGAUACUGUUUCCAAAGACAAGGAGCAGACCCACAUGCCAUCAUCUGAAUCUUACAGUAGUAGCAAAGGGAAAAAGAAAGGAACUGGAGAUGCGCAACAGGAUCAUUAUGCACUGUUAGGGUUGAGUCAUCUAAGGUACCUUGCUACAGAAGAGCAAAUUCGAAAAAGUUACCGCGAAGUUGCUCUGAAGUAUCAUCCUGACAAACAAGCCUCUCUUCUUCUCGCUGAGGAGACUGAGGCUGCCAAACAAGCUAAAAAGGAUGAAAUAGAAACUCAUUUCAAAGCCAUCCAAGAAGCUUAUGAGGCUCUGAUGGACCCUGUGAAGAGGAGAAUUUAUGACUCCACUGAUGAGUUUGAUGAUGAAAUCCCUACCGAUUGUGCACCCCAGGACUUCUUUAAAGUGUUUGGCCCAGCAUUUGUGAGGAAUGGUCGUUGGUCUGUUACCCAGCCGGUGCCACCAUUGGGCAAUGAUAAUAGUCCUAUAAAAGAAGUGGACAGCUUUUAUGAUUUCUGGUAUGGCUUCAAAAGCUGGAGGGAAUUCCCUCAUGCUGAUGAGUUUGAUGUUGAGCAAGCUGAAUCUCGUGACCAUAAGAGGUGGAUGGAGAGGCAAAAUGCAAAGCUCUCAGAAAAGGCUAGAAAAGAAGAAUAUGUUCGUGUCCGUGCCCUUGUCGACAAUGCAUACAGAAAAGACCCGAGAAUAGCGAGGAGGAAGGAAGAGGAGAAAGCUGAGAAGCAGAGAAAAAAGGAGGCAAAGUAUUUAGCCAAAAAAUUGCAGGAGGAAGAAGCUGCAAGAGCUGCUGAAGAAGAGAAACGGAGAAAAGAAGAGGAAGGGAAGCGUGCUGCUGAAGCUGCUUCACUGCAGAAGAAGGCCAAGGAGAAGGAGAAGAAGCUUUUAAGAAAAGAACGUACCCGCCUUCGUACCCUUUCAGCAUCUAUUGUGUCGGAGCGGUUGCUCGGUCUCCGUGAAGAUGAUGUUGAAAAUCUUUGCAUGUCAUUCGAUAUUGAGCAACUAAGGAGUUUAUGUGAAAAUAUGGAAGGUAAAGAGACAGUAGAGCAAAAAGCCAAACUUUUGAGAAAUGCUUGUGGCGGAGGUGAUGAAGAUGUUGAGGAGAGUCACAAGAAGGAAGAUGAGAAGAAGAUACCACAGCAGAACGGCUCUACUACAUCCAAUGGGAGUUUCCAUACUAGCAACAGUUCUUCUAGCAGCAGAAAAGAAAAGCCUUGGGGUAGAGAAGAGAUCGAGCUUCUGAGGAAAGGGAUGCAAAAAUAUCCUAAGGGCACAUCUCGUCGUUGGGAGGUUAUCUCAGAGUAUAUUGGGACAGGAAGAUCUGUGGAAGAAAUUAUCAAGGCGACAAAAACUGUCCUCCUGCAAAAGCCUGACUCUGCCAAAGCUUUUGAUUCCUUUCUGGAGAAGAGGAAACCUGGCCCAUCCAUUGCUUCUCCUCUCACAACUAGGGAAGAAGUCGGCGGUGUGGUAAUAAAUCCUCAGGGAUCUGAAGUCAAUACUGCUGCUACUGUGGAUUCUAAACCUGAAGAACCUCCGAGUGGGGAAACCCCAAAACCAGAUGAUGGAAGUAGUGAUGGAAACACAGCAGCGUCAUCUUCUUCUUCUUCAGAUCAGGAUGUAUGGUCUGCUGUACAGGAGAGGGCACUUGUCCAAGCGCUGAAAACUUUCCCCAAGGAGAUCAAUCAGCGUUGGGAAAGAGUUGCAGCAGCAGUACCUGGGAAGACGGUGAACCAGUGCAAGAAGAAAUUUGCUCUUUUGAAGGAGGGCUUUCGAAGCAAGAAAAGUGCAGUCUAA